AUUAAAGUUCGAAGGCGAGGUCGAUUCCAUGCAGAAUCCAACUGCUGGAAAGUUCCGAUAAAAUUAUCCCGUGACUGUAAAUGUUAAUCUAAUUGCAUAAAUAAAUAUUUGCUUUGGCACUGUGAGUGUCAUCAUAAAAAAGAAGUGAAAUGAGGUCAACAAAAAAGUGUUUGUAACAGAGCAAACUACUCGUUUAGGCUAUUUUUGCCUUACAAGUACAGAUAUAUAUCUUCACGUUUUAUGUAGAUAGCAUCAUUUUAUUUGAUCAGUGCCGGAUGUAAGAAAGCUUAAGUUUCUUCGUAGUGGCAGACAGAUUUUACAUAUUCCUGUCAAAUGUUACGCCACCCAGAUGCAUUAACUUAUCAGACGGCAUGUGAUUCUGGGACAAACCAAAGUGAUGCAAAGGAAGCAUUUCCAGUUCCAGACUGGCAGCUGACCAGUGAAAGUAGUGAGGACAGUGAAACAGCAUUUCCUUGGCUGCAGUCACCUACCCAGCCUGUACCACAUAUACCCAGUGAUUCAGAGGGAAUCCAUAUGGACUGGAGCGAAGGGGAGGAAACCAAUAUAUCUCCAUCCUCACCUUCUCCAUCAGAAGAAGCGGAGGCAGGGGAUCAGAACAACGAAGAAUCUCAGAAACCUAAAGGAAAGAAGGUUAAGCGAAUUCACACAUGUGAUGUGUGCCGCAAGUCAUAUCGACUUCAAGCCUCUCUUGAGAAGCACCUCAGAGUCCCUUGUGAACUUCGACCCUACAAGUGUGACAUUUGCAGUAAAGCCUUUAAGCGACCGGAUCAUCUCAAAGCUCACUGCCGUAUGCACACUGGAGAGCGACCUUUUUUAUGUGACUUGUGUGGUAAGUCCUUUCGCCAGAAGAAUCAUCUGCAGAGGCACUCAGAGAGGAAACAUGUCCAUGGCAAAGAAGACGAUGAACCUGAGGAGCCAGAGCCGGAGCAAGACUCUAGCUUUAACAUAUGUGGAUUGUCAGAGGAGCUGGAAGAUGAUGAGAUAAGAACAGAUCACCGGGACUGACUAGGGUCGCGUCUGGUUUGUACACCGAAGAACAAAAGUGCUUCAACAAAGAAAGCGCUACACACCAAGAACAAAUGUAAGAAACCAUCCAAAAAGGGUAUUAUUUCAAAGAAAAAAAGGCUGGAAAAUCCAAAUAAUCAUGAUCCAGAAGAAAAACCUGUUAACAAAGCCACUACGGAUAAAAAUGGAGCCCAAUGACGCCCAACCAUCCUUCCUCCCUGGGGGUGGGGUAAACUCCAAGCCACUAGGUUAAAAAUAAGGAGUCAAAACUUGAUAUCAUUUACCUCAGAGUUAUUGUGUGUAUUUAAAAAAGAGAGAGAGAGAGACUAAAUUGUAAACUGGGUGACAAGGACUGUAUUUUAAGUUAAUGUUGAUUACGUUGACAUUCACACAGAACCAGUUUAUCAUACCCUGUCCCAAUUUAUAAACUUAUGAAGCACUUUAUAUAUGCUGGUAUGUUUUAGACACAAAGUUAAUUCCAACGCUGGGAUCAAAGAACAUGAAUAUUUUUCCAGUCUGUGACUGAUUAUGUUUAUAUGCUUGUUCUUCAUUCAUGAUUCCAGUUAAGAAACUGUUUAUAAAUGCAAAUUGUACAAACCAGACGGAUAUAUAGCAAUAAGGACCUCAUGCAAGUGAGACAAGCAGAGCAGCCUCUGCUUGCCUACCACAAACUCUGCCCCAACGCAAGCAAAUGCCCUUGUUCCUCUAUGUGGGCAUAUUUGUGUGCACCCCACUAUACAAACAUUAGGAUGUGUUGUGAAUUAGAAAUAGAUGUGCUUUAUCUUUAGAUCCAAAGUUGUGUACAAAUUUUAUUUCUCUAUGUGGUGUCUCUAUUGAGUCAUCACACUUAUUUUUUACCUCUCUAGAUUUUACUUGUAUUAGUGGUGUUUCUGUCAAAAUGUAGACUUUAUUUUGUUGAGCUGGCAAUAAUAUUGGCCUAUGCUUUAUAGACAUUUCUGACAAAAUGGUUGAAAUGAAUAUCAGUGUUAUUACACGACCUAUACCAAGAAAAUUGUACUUGCAACAGUUUUUUUAAAAUCUGAAGUGUCAGUGUACAUUUGUGGAAUGUAUAGGUUGUGUAAAAAUGUGUCCCCUUCUCGUGACAAGCAUAUGACUUGCUAAUGGAACAAAUACAAAACCCAUUUAUAUGAGCAAGCAUAUGCAGGGGUGAUAUACUUGAACUUUGCAAGCACAAAAUGUGAAACUGUCUUUUACAUUUUUGAACAUGUUAUAGACAUUUGUUUUGGGGUUUCAGUUGAUGCUUUUGUUUUAGAAGUUAAUUUGUGAAUGUCACUGCAUUGUUUCUUCAUGACGGAUUUAUUGACAGGCCUGAUUUUGACUGCUAUUGAAUCACUGCAACAGUGUACAAUUUUGACGGUAAAUCAUGACUGAUCAUUGGUACCUCAUACCUGCAGCAUUUUUUUUCUCCCCUGCUGAAAAGUUGUGACUUCGAAGGGUUGUAACUUGUGUUAGCAAAGGUGCCAUUAUGAGUGUACAAUUCUCAUUCAUCCAUCCAUAAUUUUCUUUUAUACUUGCUUCUUUUGCAUUGUGGGUACUUGGCUGCUGCUUUUGUCUCAUGGCUGAAACUCUUGUGUUCAUUUACUAUUUUAUUACAACUUUUCGCAAAUGUUUUUUACAUGCUGGUAUUACAUGAUGUAUUUUUUUGCAUUUUACAAUUGAUGUCUCAUGCUUUCAUUCCUGACCUCAAUAGCUCUUUGUUACUAUAUCUAUUGUUUUGACUGCUUCCUCAAAUAGCUGGUUUUUUUUCCCCUGUUCAUUCCAGCAAGUGCCGAUGGCAUAGAUAUACGAAGUCUUUUAACUCUUACAGUAUAACAAGUCAGUCACAUCAACUAUUAGACUGGUAGCUGAUGUAGCAAUGCAAAAUGCGUGAGGAUUAGCAUUUGCAAUAAAACUUUUGUUUGUUAAUGAGAUGACAGGGUUGUGAUCAAGAGAUUAAAAGACUUCUGAAGUGCGCAGUUUCAGUAAGCACAGCUAGAGCCAGUUUUUGAUCAUAUUGGGAACAAUAAAAAUACUAGUCUUGGGCAUACAAGUCUAGUCUUGUUCCAUUAGAUCUCAUUGUUAUAUGUGCAUGCAAGGUAAAAUAGAUUUUCUUUAAAAAUUAACCAUGAAUAUAGACAGUGCAUGCACAGCAUUUUAUACAGUUUUUCAGUCCCUUUCCCUGUUCACUUGUCGCCAUUGUUGCAGCAUUGUUGGUUGCAUAUGGUGGAAGGUGACUUCACUGCUGCGCAUCUAAAACCCUUACCCAUAGUAAUUUUUUUUUUUUAAUAUGUUCCUUGUGCAAGAACUUGUAUAUAGAAAGUUCAUCGACAUAUUGUCUCAAGUAAAAGCAGAUCAUCAUUUUGCCUGCAUGCUGCUUUAAGUUUACUUCCUCAAUUUUAUAGCAUCACAUUGUUGUUGAUUGUUUUUGUCUCUUGUGCAUUGUGUUUGGUGCACGUUUUCAGCAUUAUCUCUCAUAAGUGUCCACUGUGUCAUCAGUGGUCUGCUGUUGACAUGCUUUUAAAAUGUACUUGGAGUGAUGUCUUCAUUUAGCAAUCCUUCCUCAUCUGAACUUGGUUCAGGCAGUCAAAGUUGGUUCUUAAUUAAAAGCUGAUCAUCCACAAACUGGUUUUGUGUUGAUCUGUCCUCAAGGUUGUUUCUUAAUUUACCCAAAUUAUAUUUUUUAUUUAUUUGACAUUUCCAUGGCCAUUCCCACAUGUAUAAAGGAUGUUUCAGACAACUUUGUACUAGUCAUCCUGUAACCAAAUGGCAGCCAGACAUUCUCUGUAGGCACAGGUUUUUCUUUAUGACUGCUUCAUUUUGCAUGAAUAUACAUUAGUCUACACAUGUAAUAUUUAUUUUACUGUGGAUUUACAUAUUUUCACAUCUAUUCUGUUAAAAUUUUAGCAACAAUACUGUCACCUUUUUACAUUUGAAGUAUUUUUGCAUACUUUGGUGCUUCUACUACUAUUUAACAUAACUUCUGCACAUCUUUUGACAUGAGAAAUGAUAUGCAUAGAAAACUAGCAUACAAAAGGUUCACAUAGUAUGUUGUGGGAAUAUUUUCCCAUCCUGUACCUAGUUCACAACUUAUAUUCAAACCAGUGUUCUUCCUAGUUAAUAACAAAAUUAGGAUUAACAAUGUUGGCUCAUUAUUCUGAAUGAGGCUCCUACCAGGAAGGAUUGCUCAAUUAAGACAUGGCUUUAGUAAUGUUUAAAGUCUAACCCUUAUUGUUAGCUUUCAUCUUUAAUUCAUUUGAAAGUGUAUAGUGUGAAUGUCUCCAGAUCUCUGGUAUGAGGAACUACACAAGUGAAAAUUGUCAUCAUAUUAAUCUCAAAUGCAUUUUGUAGGCCUAUUGCCAUUUUCAGUGAUUCCACAGGAUUGUCACCACCAUCAACCACCAAUCCUUAGUUGCGAUUACCCUUAUUGUAUGUUUGCCUUUCUAAUCUUAGUUAAGGUCAGACCUUCACUCUUAGUUAUUGUCUGAUGCAUUGAAAUUGAUUGAUCUUAGUUGUGUUACAGAUAAUUUCAAAUGUGAUUUAUAGCCAGUUUCUGUGAAUGGACUUUUAAUGUGCCAGUAAAUGUGCAGAUUUUUUUAGCAUGUUUGUCAAUGUACAUUUCUUUAAAUUCUUGUGGUUGGGAUUCACAUCUCUUAGUAUUCUACUGAACGAAUCCCUGGACUGUAUUAUAUGGAGCACGAAGUAAAUGUCUCUACUGUGAAACAAUCAUGAUUUCACUGGGAACUAGGAAUAGGGUAAUAUUCGCUCAUUGGUUUCCCCAUUUCUUAUUACUGCUUCUCAAGGGCAUGCCAUUUUGUAGGAGAAACCCUGCUAGGCUUUGAGAUUACUGGGACUACUCACACAGUGGAAAGAAAAUUUUCAGGCCCUGUGCUCAAGAAAAAGAAGAAACAUGGUAGCAAACGCAACAAAUGAAAUGAUAUCCUGUUACUUCUUUCAAGAUUGUAAAGGCACAAAUUACCAUAUGAUACACCAAGCUUUUCCCUUGGAUGUAGAAUUAUUUUUUUAUAUUGUUGAUGGUACUUUCAACAAUUUGUUGGUGGUGCACAGUGUUCAAAACAAAGGCUGUGUGACAGAACAAAGGAAGUAUUAUUUAUAGACUGAAACCACUGCACAACGAACUCUAUUGAAAGAGUACAGGCCAUGCAGACUUCUACACUAUUAUUUGUAACAUUGUCCUAAUGGCUGUUAACUGUUAUAUAUGGAUGUAUGUGCUUGUUGUCUUCGUAAGUGUUGAGCAUCAUCAUUGUGCUAACUGGCAACCACAAAUAUCAAUUUUCUUUAACUUCAGUCAUGACAGUAUUUUCCCAUCCAAUGAUUGUACUUAAAAUUUUGUACAUUGCAAAAUUAUUUUAUAAUUUUUUUAUCAUUGUAUUGCUUUGAUUUCAUAGUUAAUAGUUGUUGCAUUAGUAUAUGCCAAGUUUUAGGCAAAAAUGAGAAAAAUAUACAAUUAGAUUUAUGCAUAGAAAUGUAUAUUUUAGAAGGCAUUUUUGUCGGCGUAAAUAAAAUCUCUACUCUUUCA